AUGAUAACAGCUGAUGCAUUCCAGCAACAGCUUCAGAGCUCCCUAAUCCCACUGCUAACGCGAUGGGAACACUGUUACAAGAUUAUGAAUGUUUCUAACACUAGUGUCAACGCUAUGAUCUGUCUUCCAAUUAAACCUAACCAUUCAGUAGAACUGCAAAUUCAAUAUUCACCGCUUUAUCAAGAACCGCAACUCACUUUCCGAAUAUGGAAACGCGAAAUUGAAGACGAUAUAGAUACGCAACAGGUUUGCUUUCCUGACGAUAUUCGUCAAUGGCUAAAUACACAAGACUUUACCAUCCGUUUGGACUAUCUACAUCCGUCCAAUCGUGACGUUUGGUAUAGCGUUCACGCUUGCGACACCGCAGAGAUUGUAGGACCAGAAUCCAAAGACUACUUAAAUCGCUGGGCUUCUAUAUUCUUAACUAUCUUCGACUCAGAUGUUUCCUUGAUGUUUGUUCCUGGUGUUGGGCAUUCUGAUAAAUAUUAA